GAGAAAUUGAAUCUAAUCCCAUCUUAUCCAGGAGUAAGAUCUAGUACCAUUAACUAUAGUAUUGUGUAGAUCUCCACCACUUAUGUAUAGAGUAAUAAUAAUAUACUCAUAUAAAAAAUAUUAAUAUUUAUAAAUCUUUAUAAUUUUCACAAUUUUCACAUCCGUAUACGACCACGACCCAGAUCUAAGGGUAUGUCCCAUUAACGCAUCCAACUAUACGAAUUGAUUUGCUAUACCAUAAUUGGUUUGAUGAAGCAGGUAUAUGAAGAAUAAUAAGAAAUAAUAUAGAAUAAUGUCAGAUAUAGAAUAUUUCACCCCAUUUAAUGACACAUCACUAACGUCAACUCCUUCAUCUCAGCGUAGGACUUCAAACUUCUUUCCUUCUGGUACAUCAUCAUCGAAUACUUUUAUUCCCGAGAAUGAAAUAUUGUUCGCUUCUACCAUUACCAAUACUACUAAUAAUCAUCGAAAUAAUAUCACAUCUCCAGUAGUUUCAACUGUAUCACAUCCAAGACCUUCCAAUGUAAAUCCUAAUCAAAGUAUUAAUUCUAAUUCCGUAACUCCAACAUUUAAUGCAUCAAAAUUCUUUAAUAGUAAUAAUGCAACUACAAAUAGUUUGGAUCCAACUACUCCCUUCACAUCAUCUUCCACAUCUUUAAGUACUACACCUACUGCUAAUAAUAAUAUUCAAUUGAAUAUUCAUAACUCUCGACCUUCCAGUUCUUCUAUGCCGUUAUUCGGAGGAAUCGAUGUAGGAAAUGAUUUAUCUAAUGAUAUAAGCAACUUAAGUAUAAUGUCAUCUCCACCUUUACCUACGACCAAUUUUAAUGGAAGCCAAUAUCCUCAUCAUAGUCACAAUCAAAAUCAAAGUCAAAAUCUCAGUCACCAACUGCAUCAUCCCAUGGGAUUCCAACCUUCAGGAUCAAUUAUAUCUCCGUCUUAUCCAAAUCCUCCAAGAUCAGCAAGUACAUCCGCAUUAGGACCUGGUUUAUCUCUGAUGAAUACUUCUACAGCAGCUGCACCACCAAAUCCUCAUUCUCAUUCAUCAAAUAAUAGUAGCAGUGGAACUCCACUCACAAUGAAUCAGUGGUCCAUCUGGAAUGAAGCCACCCCUCUAUCAACCAAAUCGGUUCCUACAGGCUUCUUUGAAUCUUCAUCAACUCCAAAGUUAUCCACACUAGAAGAAUUCAUAGAUGGUGAAUUAAUGUUCCCUAAUGUAGUACUUGAAGAUGAUCAGGAUGAAGCAAUAAAGUACCCCAAUGAUUUAUUAUUUUCUCCUUUCUUGGGACAACCAUCAGGUCAAGAUCAAUUCCAACCACCUCAUCAAUACAACAAUGGACAAUUUCGAUCAAAUGAUCAAGCAGGGCCUCUUCCACAACAACAGUUUUAUACGGACUUUCAAUAUCAGAGUAAUCCUGGACAAUUGUCUAGAACUAAUAGAACGAAUUCCGUAUCCUCAUCCGGAACAAUUAAAGCUAGAAGAGAAAACAUUUAUGUAAAUAAAAUCAAUAUACCAACUUUUAUACCCAGUGGAUUUCCAGCUCCACCAAUGGAUGAUAUAGAUACAUCACCUACAAAUAAUAGGGCUAUUCCAAUUCAAAUGACUCAAUCAGAUCGGAAUUUAGAGGAUAUGAGACAAUUUCUUGUUGAUCCUAAAAAUUCCAUUGGACCAGACAUUCUAUUGGAUAACAGUGAUAAAGUAUUGCAAUCAAAGUUAGAUAGUAUAUCCAAACGAGAGAAAGAAAUCUUUAGUCAACAAGAGAAGUCUAAACAGGAUAUUGAAAAUCCUGAACCAUUAAUUCAACUGCCACAAGCCAUUAAAUCCUCUGUGGCAACUAAAUCAAGAUCGAGUGAAACUAUCAAGUUAAAUCUUCCGAAGGAUCACUAUUCACAGUACCAAGGUGUAGCCAUCAAUGACAAAUUAUUUGUAAAUGAUGUACUCCAAGCCAAGAUCUCCAAUAAAUAUUCUGAGGAUUAUGUGUCUACUUUUUAUAAAAGAAAUUCUCAUGGAUAUAUGUUCAUCAAGGAACCGACCACGACAUUGAAGGUUAAUACUACAGGUAAUAAGUCUUGGGUACAAUUAAAGAUUAAGUUACCACCUCAUAAUGAACAAAUUGAUGCAAGCACACCACUCUCCAAGAAGUUAAAAGUAGACAUUAAACAGUUACCACUUUGGCGACCUAUUAAUCUCAAUGCAUCAUCAGGAGAUAAUGGCAAUUCCAGCUCUAAUUCUUAUUCAACAUACGGAUCUUCAAGUAAGAAAUUAAAGAAUAAUGGAUUAAAUGGUAAUAAUAAGAAGCUGGAUUACAGUAAUGGUAAUGGUAAUGGUAAUGGUAAUGCCGGAGGUAAUGGAAAUAGUCGUAAACCCAAAAAUUUGAAUGUUUCCAAACGAUUUGGAAAACGUAAUUCCGAAUGAUAUAGACAAUAUAUAAAAUAUACAAUUAUAUAAUUGCACCCAAUAUACCCGCUCAAGUAAUUUUGCAACUGAUGUUGUAUACAGUGACGAAAAUCCUGCAUAGAGACAGGGAUGUUAGUACACUCACACCACUAAAACUAUUUCUGGGGGAUUUCAUUGGCUGGACUAACUAGUUGCAAACUCGAUCGCAGCCAUACAUAAACAUUAAUGGGUAUGUAUCUACAAAUAAAAUGUAACCCAAUUAUACUAGUAAAUUAACACGUACUAAAGAGGAUGAGCCGCAUGUCUCUCAACUAUUUCUAUUCAUUAGCCAAUAAUAGGCUGGUGUUCCCCAUACUUAAUAUCAAUCGUAUGAUUCCCAAAGUGGUGCGAACAUUUUGUUCCUAAUUUGGUUGAAGCACUGCGGCAUGGGUGUUCUGACCCUAAGCUUGUACCAAUCCAAUCUCAGAGAUUGGAAAAAAAAACUUAAGCAGAGAUGAAAACACACAACUAAAC